AUGUUAUUUUCUAUUAAAUGUGUAGUUAUUUUGAUCAUAUUUUCUCAAAAAUGUAAAAUACGUGCUUAUCUGCAACCUUCUAAUUUUAAGGGUCGUAUUCCUAUACUCAGUAAACAUGAAAUCAAUUCUAAAGGUGCCACAUUCGAUGAUAAUGAGGUGGCGAAUUCUAUCAGUGAACGCAAUAAGGAAGAAAUCAUGAAGUAUUUGAAUCCCAUGAGUAUUGAACCAGUAAAAACUAUAAGUCAACAAGAAUUGGCUGAGACAUUUGGAACACCAUCAACUCCAGAGAACUUGCUUAAAAAAAAAAGGCAAUAUCAAAAUUCAAAUCCUCUGGAUCCUCCAAAUUAUCCUCCUACUGACAAGCUACCUUAUUUUGUGAACUUAGAACAUCCUAGUGGAUUUAACAAAUCGCAAGAUAUAUCAUCAAACAUAGAGGAUUCUGCAGAUACUGGGCAUAUUAAGGAAAAUCCCGAAGACGAAAAUGUAUCUAUAAUAGCAUCUAGUCAUCCAAAUACAUACGAUGAUCCAUAUGAAGAAGAAGAAGAAGACAAUUUCAUAAAGGAUAUGAGCUAUAAAGAUCCACUGAUAGAUCUUAUGGACACUAACAAGGACUAUGAACCGGAUGAUAACGUUAAAUAUGGACCAACGUGGUACCGCAAAAGGCAUUUAAAUGAUCUUCUACCUGCAGAAUUUGAGAAUGGAUGGUCUAUAUUGGAAUGUGGAACUAUAUAUAAACACAUUUUACGUCAUAGUAUGAAUUUUGAUGACGAUAAAAUGGUGCCAGAUGAUGAGAGUUGUAAUACGUUCAGUUUCAAGAUUUUGAAUGCAUUCACAAACGAAAAGAUCCUAGAUAUGGAAGAUCUAAAUACUCAAAUGGUAACUGCUUAUUCUAAGGAUACAGGCGAUGUUAUUAAAAGGUGUCUUAAAUCUAUGGAAUGUGGUGAACAAGCAGAAUUCAUAUUUCAUGUAUCAGAGUACAAUCCUGAUAAUGAAAUAAUAGAAGAACUUGAAGGUGUUGAAUGGUUGCGACUAUGGUUAGACUUAUUUGAUGUGCAUGAUUCUAAAAAAAGAUGGUGGGGACUUAGUUCGUUAGAUGCUCACUUAUACCCUCAAGAAAAGCCAAGCAACAAGACAAAAAUGGAAAAGUUAGAUUUAGAGGCAGAAGAACUUAAGAAGAAGAUGGAGGUUGAAAUGGCCACAAAUCCUGCGUCUCCUUUAUGGGAAGAUGUGCUUAAAAAAAUGAAUUCAAGUCAAAGGGAGACAUACGUAGAGCAUUUUGAUAAACAAUUGGAAAAAUCUGAAAAAAUGAAGUGCUCUGAAUAUUCUGGAUCACGUGGAUUCGGUGAAUCUAUAAAGUCAACCGGGCAAAUAAGAGGUUAUGACGUUGGCAGAUUUGCAAAAGGUGUUUCCAAAUUUUACACAUGGAAGGAAACCCUCUUUAAGCUCUAUAUUGCAAUACCAGUAGUAGAUGGUGUAAGAGCUGAACAUGUCAAAUUAGAACUCACACACAAUCAUCUAAAGAUUUCCGUAGCCGGAAAUACUAUACUCGACGAUGAUUUCACUGGCAAAGUAGAUGUCGACGCUGCAACUACAUGGGUUAUGAGUGAAGCUAACGAAAUGAUCCAAAGCUCAAAUCUUGCACUAUUCGGCUGUAUAAAAACGAUACAUACGAUAUAA